AUGGCUGCAGUAGAAGAUCAUGAUGACUACUUCAAGUUCAAGUUCAAUGCAGCCAGUACACCAGGAUUAAGUUGUUUCCAGAAAGUCACCGCGGUAUUUCGUAUGAUAACAUAUGGAGUAGCUGCGGAUGCUACAGAUGAGUAUGUUCGUAUCGGAGAAAGUACGGUUAUAGAGAGCCUGAAAAAGUUCGUGAAGGCAAUUAUUAAAGUGUUUGGGAAUGAAUAUUUGAGAGCACCUAAUGAAAUGGAUACAUCUCGGUUACUUGCAAUUGGACAAGAAAGAGGAUUUCCUGGAAUGCUUGGUUCUAUAGAUUGUACGCACUGGAGGUGGAAGAAUUGUCCUUCAUCAUGGCACGGCAUGUAUUCAGGCCAUUUACAUGAGCCUACAAUUAUAUUAGAGGUUGUUGCUUCACAAAAUCUAUGGAUAUGGCAUGCAUUUUUUGGUUUGCCUGGGUCGCACAAUGAUAUCAAUGUUCUUCACCGGUCGCCACUAUUUUCAAAACUUGCUGAAGGGCAAGCUCCACAAGUUUACUACAACAUCAACGGACAUGACUAUACCAUGCACAUGGGUUACUAUUUAGCUAACGGAAUAUAUCCAUCGUGGGCAACCUUUGUCAAAACUAUACCAGAACCACAAGGGAAUAAGCGAAAAUAUUUUGCUAAAGCCCAAGAAGCUGUAAGGAAGGAUGUCGAACGUGCAUUUGGAGUUUUACAAUCCCGUUUUGCUAUUACAAGCAUGUAUUAG